UAUUUAACAAGAUAUAAAAGCAGCAUUGAAGAAAAAAACUAAUCACUCAGUUUCAAUAUGGCGAGCAAGGCGGUUACGUCGGCACUAGUCUUCGUUUACGGAACUUUAAAGAGCGGUCAACCCAAUCAUCAUUGGCUAACCCUACCACAAAAUGGUAAAUCUACAUUCCUUGCCAAGGGCAAAACAUCUGUGAAAUUUCCCUUGGUCAUUGGCACAAGAUACAACAUUCCAUUUUUGCUUGAUAAGCCUGGACAGGGCAAUCAAAUAGAAGGAGAAAUCUAUGAGGUUGAUAAGGAUAUGUUUGGGAAACUUGACGAACUGGAAGAGUAUCCCAAAUACUAUGAUCGUGAACAACAGCAAAUUCUAACCGAGAAUAAUGAAACCUUGCAAUGCUGGUUAUAUCUGUUGCGUAAAUUCCCCGACAGAUUGUUAGACAAGCCGCAUCUUACAUCGUAUAACAAUUCUUCAGAGCAGCCGUAUAACGAAAAGUCAGUGCGAGAUCCUAAGAUAGUGGCCAAAGACGACCUGAACUAUUAAAAUACUCAUUUAAUCAUCCUAUUCCAGCUACCUCGAGAGCCAUCCGGAUGAUCUUUUAACCGAUCCCUGAUAAUGAAAUAAUACUAGGAAACGCCCUUUUAUAAACGGAUUUCAAGGCAGUUUCAUAUUCUAUUACAAUGAUUCUAAUCAUUUCCGAUAAUUGUUAAAUAAACAUAAACAAAGGCAAACUUA